GAAAUACUCCGUUACAUCUUGCUGUGAUGCUGGGACAUAAAGAAUGUGCCCACUUGCUAUUAGCCCAUAAUGCUCCAGUAAAGGUGAAAAACGCUCAGGGAUGGAGCCCUCUUGCAGAAGCCAUCAGCUAUGGAGACAGACAAAUGAUUUCAGCACUCCUAAGGAAGCUCAAACAGCAGUCCAGGGAAAGUGUUGAAGAAAAGCGACCUCGAUUAUUAAAAGCCCUGAAAGAGCUAGGUGACUUCUACCUAGAGCUUCACUGGGAUUUUCAAAGUUGGGUGCCUUUACUUUCCCGAAUUCUGCCUUCUGAUGCAUGUAAAAUACACAAACAAGGUAUAAAUAUCAGGCUGGACACAACUCUCAUAGACUUUACUGACAUGAAGUGCCAACGAGGGGAUUUAAGCUUCAUUUUUAAUGGUGAUGCCGCACCCUCUGAAUCUUUUGUAGUUUUAGACAAUGAACAAAAAGUUUACCAGCGAAUACAUCAUGAGGAAUCUGAGAUGGAAACAGAAGAGGAGGUUGACAUUUUGAUGAGCAGUGAUAUUUACUCAGCAACAUUAUCAACCAAAUCCAUCACCUUCACGCGUGCCCAGACGGGAUGGCUGUUUCGAGAAGACAAAACAGAAAGAGUAGGAAACUUUUUGGCAGAUUUCUACUUGGUUAAUGGACUUGUAUUAGAAUCAAGGAAAAGAAGAGAACAUCUCAGCGAGGAGGAUAUUCUUCGAAAUAAAGCUAUCAUGGAGAGCCUGAGUAAAGGUGGCAACUUAAUGGAGCAAAACUUUGAGCCUGUCAGACGGCAGUCCCUUACUCCACCAUCGCCCAAUACAAUUACAUGGGAAGAGUACAUAUCUGCUGAAAAUGGAAAAGCUCCUCAUCUGGGUAGAGAGCUGGUCUGCAAAGAAAGCAAGAAAACCUUUAAAGCCACGAUAGCUAUGAGCCAGGAAUUUCCCUUAGGAAUUGAAUCAUUGUUGAAUGUUUUAGAAGUAAUUGCACCCUUCAAGCACUUUAACAAACUUAGGGAAUUUGUUCAAAUGAAGCUUCCACCAGGCUUUCCUGUGAAAUUAGAUAUUCCUGUAUUUCCCACCAUCACGGCCACUGUGACUUUUCAGGAGUUCCGUUACGAUGAGUUUGAUGAUUCCAUCUUCACUAUUCCUGAUGACUACAAGGAGGACCCCAGCCGUUUCCCUGAUCUCUAACUGAACUGGAAGGUGAAUGGGGAAUACCAAUACCAGCGUACCACAGUGAAAGCAAAUGGCUGCAAAAAGAGCCCACAGAUAGAGCUAGAAAAAGUGGGUCGUGAAGGAAGGGAUAAACUUAAUAAUGCAGAAGAAAAGGGAACAUGUAUCAAACGACUGAUGUACUGUACUCACUAUAACGGGCAUCUAAUGUAGUCCCUGAUCUCCAGCAAGCCUCCCGCUGUGCCGCUGGCCCCCGGCUCCGCAGGCCUGCAGCGUGGAGCUGCGCCCCGCUGGCCCUGGGGCCCCUCAGCAGCCCUGAGGACUGUCAUUUGGGUUUAGGUUUUUUACAUUUCGGGGUGACGCAGAAGCACUCUGGACCAUUCGCGCACAGCUGCCGUGGCUUAGCUGGGUGUUGGCCCUACACAUCAUCCCACC